GUGCGUAUACCUAUAUAUCUCCGACCGUUUCAUCACACCAAGAAUAUAAUCUGUCUGAAGCUCACUCCCUGUGUGUGCAAGAGAGAGAGAAAGAAGGAAAGAAGAAAUUUCAAAGCUUGUUUUAAUUCCCAGGGCUAUGGAAAUAUUGGACGACGAAUUCUUCUAUCUCAACCCUUUUCUAGCUGAGAUCUACUCCGGCAGCAGCGCCACCUCCCAAAUUUCUCACGGCGACGGCGGCGAUCAGCUGAGGAUGAGCUCCACGAGCUUGAUUAAUUCAUGGAAUUGUGAGGAAUCGAUGAAUUUGCCGAGUUCUUCAACGAUUUCUGCUGCUCGUGUGGAAGCUCCACAGUUGAUUUCCUUUGAGAAGGAGAGGUUUUUGCCGGCGAAUGCAGAUUGUGACGAUAACCUAACGCCGCAGAUCAUAAGCUUCUCGUCUUCGUCUAAAGAAGACGAGGAGUUCGGGAAGAGAGAGAGGGGUUCGACAGCGACGAGAACGCCGUUGCAAGCUCAGGAUCAUCUCAUGGCGGAGAGGAAACGGCGUGAGGAAUUACGGCAGCUCUUCAUCGCUCUUUCUAAAGUUGUGCCGGGAUUGAAGAAGUUGGACAAGGCGUCUCUACUAGAAGACGCUAUACACCAUUUGAAGUCGCUUCAAGAGAGAGUUAAUGUGCUCGAAAACGAAGCCAUGGCACGUGCCAUAGGCGCGCCACAAGAAGAUAGUGUCAGCGUCUCGUACAAUGAGGAUCACUCGAAUAGAGACUGCGAAUUAGUAUCGACAGAGAUUAGUGCAAGAGUGAGGGAGAGGCAUGUCCUGAUAAAAAUGUGUUGCAAGAAACAAAUGGGGUUGAUGUCAAGAAUUCCAUGUGAAAUGGAAAGGUUACAUCUUAAUGUUGCAGACAUUAGAAUCAUGCCGUUUGGACAAGCAGCUCUAGAUGUCACAAUUCUUGCUGAGAUGAGGAGCGAAUUUAGUGGGACAGUGAAGGACAUUGUUGACCACCUGCAAGCUGUUGUUGGACAAAUCUAAGGAAGAAAAACAAGACAAGAAACAUCCCUAAUUCGAGGCACUAAUUAUACAUAUAUAGCUGUCGCUUUUUUCUUACAUUCAUUUGUAUUAACAGCACGUUUUAAUUAAGCAGUAAUAAUAGUUUUUCAAAGUUGCACAA